AUGGCUUCCUCCGUCGAUCCGUCCGAAGAGGACACAAUCACAGAUAUGGUGGAAGAAAUCGAACUAUACAAAUAUCUCUAUAACGAUAUCAUGCUGUCGCGGGGUCAGUGCGCAGAGGCAGAUGAGUACCAGAAGACGAUCAACGAGAUGGAAGCCAAGGUUGCUGCGCUUCUCGGCGACUCUGCUCCGACUCCCCAAGCUGCCCCGGCUGCCCCAACCCCACAAGUGCCGUCGCCCAUUCCGCCAGUCCUGGCGCCUACGCCUGCAACUCCGCGCAUGCCGUCGACUCAUUUUACUGGAAUCCCGGGAGUAUCGUUCGCAUCCCCUCACUGGCCUUCGGCUGCACCUUCACCUUUCGCGGCUGAGUCUCGCCGUCCGCCAACAUUGUCGGCUUCCCCAAGCGAUCCUCCAGAUAAUUCUCGUAAACGCCCGCGCCCGCUUUCUGGUUUUUCGCCCACAACGCAAGGGUCGUCGAAACGAAAUGCGCCUUCGCAGCCUGGACCUAGCAAAACCAAGCUAGAGAUAAUUGAGGAAAAAAAGCAAGCGCAGCUUGACAGCAAUGACCGCUUGUUCGCGGGAUGGAGAAAAAUGGCUGGUAAUGACGAGGAGCAGCUGAAGUCACUCCAGGAGGAGUAUGACGAAAGUGUGCAGUUGAUUGAAACAGAGUACCAAUUUAAACGAGAUGAAGAACUUGCUCGUGUCCUCCAAGCCGACGAGGAUAAGAAUGGUUUAUCGGUGAACAAUGCCCCAAAGCAGAAUACCUCGCAACUUCCAGACCGGCCCCAUCCGGUCAAGGCCGGGCCUCCGGGCUUAUACAUUCCUCCAGUGUAUGGACAAUAUGGCCAGGGAAAGCCAUUCGAUUCCGAUGAUGAUCUCGAAGAAAUUGACGCCAAUUCAUUCAAUUCCCGAUUUGGCCAGCAGUCAGCCCGCCAGCCCGGUUCGGGAUAUUCAAAUAUGCCCUUCAUUUCGUCCAAGUUGCCGACGCACAUGCCAUACCAGACUCAAUACUCACAUCCACAUCUACAUCCUUCCCAUCCCUCCUACCAGUCAUACUCCUCGCAGAUGUCGAACAGCUCACCAGUAGCUGGACCCAGACCCCUUCCUUGGAUGAACAAGCCCUCAUACCCUACCAUGCCGGGUGCGUAUGAUAGAUUCGACAGGGCAUUCGACCUUGUCCGAGCCCAAGAAGAGAUUUGGGAUGAUGAUGCAGACAUAGCUGCGUACAACGAAAAAGAGUUUCCCGAAGAUAUCAAGAACCUGCUCGACGGAAUUAACGAUAUUCGGGAGGCAACUAAAGCAGACAGCGCAGAGAUUCCUAGUGCUCUGAAAGUCACACUGAUGAAACAUCAGCAGAUUGGUUUGAGGUGGAUGAAGGCCAAGGAAGAAAGCAGCCACAAAGGUGGGAUACUUGCGGAUGACAUGGGUCUCGGCAAGACCGUCCAAGCAAUUGCCCUCAUGGUCUCUCGUCCAUUCGAAGAUGAAGAACGACGCCCGACCUUGAUUGUAGCGCCCAAAGCACUCAUGGACCAAUGGAGACUCGAAAUUCAGCGUCAUGUCAAACCGGGGAGGCACCAGAUGUCCGUCCUGAUCUACCAUUCGCUGCGCAGGCCCUGGAAGGAGCUGAAAAAGUUCGAUGUGGUCAUCACGACUUUCGGUACCCUCACCGCUAACUACAAAACAUUGCUCGAAGCGGAGAAUAUGCAAGAGCAAGGACGGGGAAGCACAGCGCUGAUAAAUGAGAUGAAGGCAAGGGCAGGCCCUCUCAGCCCUGCUGCCAAGUGGCACCGGGUCAUUAUCGACGAGGCACAAAACAUCAAGAAUCCGAGCGCAAAAUCAGCCAUAGCCUGUUGUCGGCUCAAUGCCACCUACCGCUGGUGUUUAACUGGUACCCCUAUGAUGAAUCGUCUUGAAGAUUUCCAGUCGCUGCUGGGAUUCCUGCGGAUUCGACCAUACAGCAAUGCAGCGAAAUUCAAAGCGGACUUUGUGAGACGCAUCAAAUCAGGCUGGGGAGGCGAAGAUGUGAUGAAACAACUACGAGUGCUAGUCAAGUCUGUCUGUCUGCGACGAACAAAAACCUCCACAAUUGAUGGCCAGCCCAUCUUGCAGCUGCCAAAUAAGAUCAUCAACAAAGUCCACGUUGUGUUCGAUGAGAGAGAAAGCCAGGUUUAUGAAGAGCUCAACGCGAACACCCAACGGCAGAUCAACCGGUACCUCGACGCCGGCACUCUGGGGCAACACUAUAGUCAUGUCCUGGUUCUCCUUCUCCGUCUCCGGCAGGCAUGCUGCCAUCCUCUCCUCAUGCAGGGCUUCCGAAACCAAGCUCCUCAGACUAGCAUUCCCGGGGUGGACAAAAUAGCCAACGCUAAGCUUCUGAGCCCUUCUGUGGUGCUGCGUAUCAAAGCAAAUGACGACGAAGAAGACGGUACUUGCCCUGUCUGCAUGGACAGCGUCGAAAAUGCGACCAUUUACAUUCCAUGUGGACACCAUGUCUGCUCGGAGUGUUGGAUCCGCAUUUCCGAUUCUGCCCAUGGUGGAGCUGUCGUCAUUGAUGACGAUGGUCCAACUGUGAUCAGAUGCCAGAAUUGCCGUGGGCCUGUAGACCCUGCAAAGCUCACUGAUACCAACGCGUUCAAUAAAGUUCACGGCGACCCUGCGCAAGACUCUGCCACCGAAACCGGUGAGACCCAUGACGAUGAAGACGAUGAAUCAACAGUCAGCAGUGAAGACGGUGACUCGGAUAGUUCCACCGAUGACGGUGAAGGAGGCCGAAAGAAAAAGUCCUUGGCUGAGCUGCGAGCAGACUCCUUGAAAAACAAGGCCGAGAAGAAGAGGUACCUUCGCCGCCUUGAGAAAAGUUGGUUCCCCAGCGCCAAAAUCACCAAAGCUUUAGAAAUCCUCCAGGAGAACGAAGACCGCGGCUUGGAAGAGAAAACCAUCAUCUUCAGCCAGUUUACCUCUCUUCUGGAUCUUCUCGAAGUGCCUCUCGCCCGCCGCGGCUGGAACCACGUCCGCUUUGACGGCAGCAUGUCUCUGAAGGAACGCAACGCAGCCGUCACGGCAUUCACCAAUGAUUCCGAAUGCAAGAUCAUGCUCGUUUCUCUCAAAGCUGGCAACUCCGGCCUGAAUCUCGUCGCUGCUUCGCACGUCAUCAUGUUCGAUCCAUUCUGGAAUCCGUAUAUUGAGGACCAGGCCGUCGACCGUGCCCACCGUAUUGGGCAGGUUAGAGAGGUUUCCGUUCACCGUCUGCUUAUCGAAGGAACCGUUGAAGAUCGCAUUGUCACUCUUCAGGAUCAGAAGCGGGAGCUGAUUAGUGGUGCCCUUGAUGAGGGUGGUACUAUGAACGUCUCCCGGUUGGAUGCGAGGGAACUCGCUUACCUCUUC